CCACCCAAACUUUCUGUCAUUUUUAAAAAAAAAUUAAUGCAAUAAUUUUGAUGCGAUUUCCCCCACCAUCGCCUCCACUCGAUCUGUGAAUAGAGCAGAUGAGCGAAUGAAUGGGGUUAUUGUUUGUAACAGUGAAAGUUUCUCCCGCAUUCAGUCCCAUUCAAUUCAAUUCAUUUUCUCCCUUGGGGACUGUCACUCUCCAGCGGUGUGUGGGUGAGUGAGGGGCUGGACAUCUGAAGAGGAGGAGGAGGAGAGAUUCUGUUGAAGUUUGGCACACAGCAGGAACAUUGGGUGAAAAUGAAAAGCUUAAAAGCCAAAUUCAGAAAAAGUGAUGCACAUGAAUGGAACAAGAAUGAUGACCGACUACUGCAAGCUGUGGAGCAUGGCGACACCGAGAAAGUGUCAGCUCUCUUGGGCAAAAAAGGGAUCAGUCCCACAAAACUGGACAGCGAGGGGAAGUCUGCUUUUCACCUGGCUGCCUCAAAGGGGCAGCUGGAAUGCUUGGGAAUGAUGCUUUCUCAUGGUGUUGAUCUAACCGUACCUGAUGGCUCAGGGUACAAUGCUUUGCAUCUUGCUUCAAAGAACAGUCAUCAAGAAUGUGUGAGAAAGAUCCUUCAGGCAAGCUUGUUGGAUGAGUCUGGAAGAAAAGAAGACCAACGAGGAUGGAGACAGGGCUUAGCAUCUGUGAUUUUAAGCAGAAAAGCCUACAAAUGUCCUGUGGAAUGCAUUGACAGCAAUGGGAAGACAGCCUUGCACCAUGCAGCUGCAAGUGGUUCUAUCUCCAUUGUUCAACUGUUGUGUGAACACAAAUGCUCUAUUAAUGUCAAGGACACAGAAGGUUUUACACCAUUGAUCCAGGCUGCACAGAACAACCAUGCUGAGGUGUGUCAUUACCUGAUUGACCAAGGGGCAGAGAUUGAUGCAAGAGACAAGAACGGCAGGACUGCUGUAAUGUUGGCCUGUGAGCAAGGUAGUGGAAAUACUGUCGAAAUGUUAGUCAAGAGGGGUGCUAACUUGAAGUUAGUAGAUGCACUGGGUCAUGAUGCACUUCAUUACUACAAGCUCUCAGGAAAUGCUGAUAUCUUAAAUUUUCUUCAGGCUACACUUAAAGUUUCUGAGUAUACUGAUAUGAAAUCAGCGCAGACAUCAAAACAGCUGGAUCCUGCCAUUAAAAUCUUUGCAGAUAGAAGUGGAACUCCUAAAAAGCGAAAAGCACCACCACCACCACCAAGCAGUGCUUUGCAGGGACCUCAACCUAAUGAAGUGCCAUUUCCAGAGUCCCGUCGUCCUUGUUCAGCAGGAUGUGAGCCAUCAAAAGUUGAAGAAACAUCCAUUAAGGAUAGAGAGAACAGUGAGGAAAUGAGAAAACUUCAAGCAGAGAAGGCAAAUUUGUUGGAGGUGAUACAAAACCUAAAUCUGCAACUGCGAGACAAAAACCUCCAAGAGGCACAACAAAAUAGCCUCAAAAAGCACGACUGUCGGAAUAGUGAAGAAGUGCCAUUUGAUACAAUAGGUAGUGGAAGUAAAACAUCUGAAACCUCGUUUGUUGAAGAACCAGACCAAAUAAUGGCAUUGCAAUCCCAAAUUGCUUCUCUUGCGGUGCAAAAUAAAGAGCUGUGGGGGAUAUUGCAGGGAAAGCAUUCACAGGACAUUGUAACGAGCACAUUACCACGGGAUGAGCAAUCAAGACAAAAUCUAGAAACAUCGUUUGAUUUAAACUUUAAUUCAGAAGAUUCCCAAAGUACCCUUAAAACAGAUUAUAUCCAGCUAAAGGAACUGUAUAAAAAUGCAGAAGCUGAAAUUACAAACCUCCGAGCUGAGAUGUUUUCAAAUCUGUCAAAUAGUUCACUCCAAACAGAAACUUUUGAAGAGAGGAACAGUAAUACAGGGGAAAAGGAUGUAUCUGACCAAGAAACUCAACAUGCAUUAGCAAUGGGUUUGUUAACUGAACUGUCUGAGGAAAAUAAUCAGACGUCAGGAGAAAUUAAUGAGAAUGGUUAUUGUCUUGAAGAGAAGCUUCGAGAAACACAAAGCAAAUAUGAUGAGGCACUCAAAGAACUUUCCAGUCUGCGAGCACAGGUACAACAGGAUUUAUGCUGCAAGGAAGAACAUAUACCUUUACCAAAUUUGGAAGAGUUGACUCAGACCUACGAGGAUGAGAUCGAAGAACUAAAGCAAAGACUUAAAAGAGCUUUGGAAGAUGAAGACAAGGCCAAUAGCAACCUCAGAGAAAUGGAAGAAUUGCUGGAAAUAAAAGAUAAAAUCUUGGCCAAAUGUAUGUCUGUGGAUGAGUGUGAGGAAUUAAAAAACUCUCAAAGCUUACUUCUGGAGAAUAUCAAUCAAGAGAAGACUCUCUUAAUUGAGAAGUAUGAGGAAGCACAAGAAGAAAUUAAAAAGCUGGAAGAAAAGCUGAACGAUCAGACCUUGUCUGAAAGAGACAACUAUUUGCAAGAGAUGGUGACAGCCUUGAACAGAACAGUGGAUGAGCUGAAUACUCAAGUAACUGAAAUCACACAGCAAUACAAUGAAGCAAAAUGUGAGUUAAAACAACUGAAGAAUAAAGAGACUGAAGUGGCAUCUAAGCAUAUUAAUUCAAACUAUAUCCACAAAGAACAACAUGAACAACUCGUACAAGUUUUGAAUGAUUCUGUAGAUGAAUUAAAGGAAAAGCUAUCGGAGAUGGAGAUAAAACUUGAGGAGGCUGAGCAGGACAAUACAAUGUUGCAGAGAGAGCUUGAGCUUCAAAACCAGACUUCUGUACCUCUCUCUGAACAUAACCAAAUUAAAAUGACUCUUGAAAAUACAAUAAAGACUCUUAAUGGAAAAAUGUGCCAGAUGGAGCAAGAGCUUGAGCAGAAAGAAAUAGAGCUGAAUAUCUUACAAGGAAAUUUGGCAACAAAAACAGCUGCUGUUCAAGAGGCGAUGGUUCCAAAAUCAGAGCAUGAGAAGUUGAAAGUCUCACUCGAGGCUGAGUCCAAUCGAUUAAAUGCUAAAAUAAAUGAUCUACUGAAAGAACAAGAAAAGGCAUCAGCUGAAGUUGCCCAAGCUCGGAAAGACCACCUGCUAGCAAAGAGUGAGCACGAUGCAGCUCAAGCUCAGCUUGGAGCUAAGGAACAAGAAAUCAAAAGGCUUCGUGUUAGAAGCCAUGACAUGCAGCAAACAGUUGAAGAAUUGCAAAAGCAGAUUAAAGAGUCCUUGAAGCUGGAAGAAGAUAAAGACAAGAAGAACAGCGAAUUGUCCAAGGAAGUGAGCAAACUGAAAGAGGCACUCAACAGCCUUUCUCAAAUUUCUUUUACUGCAAGCACUCUCAAAAGGCAAAACCAACAGCUUGAGACACUUCAGCAGCAAGUGAAGAAUUUACAACACCAGUUAUCUGAUGCAAAUCAACGACAUCAUGAGGUAGUAUCUGUGUAUAGAAUGCAUCUUCUGUAUGCAGUUCAGGGUCAAAUGGAUGAAGAUGUUCAGAAGGCUCUGAAACAGAUUUUGACAAUGUGCAAAUCUCAGCCACAGAUGAAGUAAUUUAUAUGUGUAUAUAUAAAACAUUACCUGGCCAACGUUUGUCUAAUGUUCAAAUGCCCCUGCUGUUAAGAUGAAUGAGUAUGGGAUAAUUGACUAUUAAAGCUGCAGAAAAAUGUUUAUAGGAGCUUUCGUUGUUCUACCUACUAACUGUAUGUACAUUAUAUUAAAAUGUGUAAUCAGUUUGUAUGUACCAAAAUUCCAAUAGCAACGAUUCAUUGGAACAAGCUUGUUUGUAGAGUUAUUAACAUAUUUGCUCAAAACUUAGUUUGUUGAUCAUGCCGUUGGAACAGCAAGCUCAUGAUACCUGUGGUUAGAGUUAUGGCAUGAAUCACCAGAAACAUAAAUAUCCAACAUGAGACACUUAAUACAAUUGUACAAUAAAUGAAUGACUGUUAUGGGUACACAGAAAACACUGAAUAUGCUGGAGAAGCUAAUGCCAUUUUGUCAUCCUAAACUUGACCUUCAGAUGUCUAAACCUUUACAGUUUUGGUACUCCUGGGGGGGAAUCAGUGUAAACUGUGAAAAUCUGUGGAAAUUGAGCUGAAAAAUGGUGGGUUCGAAUACUGAGAGGCUAAACAAGAGAAAAGUGCAAAGUACAAAUGGAAAGUGAACAUUUCUGCUGGAUUAAUAACAUUUUGUACAUGACCUUUUGAUUAUUGCUGAAAGUCCUUAAUUUGGAUUAUUUCUGCUCCUGGCAUAUUUGUUUGUGGAAACUUGCCAUUCCUUUCUGCAUACUUGCCCUCUUUUGCACCACAAUAUGGUCCUAAUCUCAAUUAUGAAUGUAAGUGCUACAUGUUCAUUCAAUAGUUUUACCAUCACUGCCCUACCUCUAUCAUCUCAUCACGAUGUACAGAAUUUCUUAUAUUCUAUUACAGGUUUUGUUUUAAACCCUAUGCGCAGGAUCAUUCCCUGCAGCAUUUGACACCUAGCAGAGCAUUAACUGGUUGGAAGUGGCCUUUACAUGCCCCACUGACAGAACUCCCUCAGAGUGCUGUCAGCCAGAAGUCUCACCAGUGCCCCAGGAAUGAUGGCUAGAACCAGUCUCCCCAUUCAGUGUGCUAGAGCCCCAGAUGAGUGAACUCAUGAAGAGGGGAAGGGCAGAACCAAAGGAUGGGGGAGAGGAUCUUGAGGAUCUUGCUUUGAAGGCCAGGCACAGACAGAACACCUGCAGGAUAAGGAAACUGGACUUUGAAAGGAGUCCAGAAAUAGACAUGGCAAAAUCUGACCCCUCUUGUCCUGAGCAGGAUAAUCUGUUGUAUAUCUCCCACUUUGUCAAAGCCCUCCCAUUAGCCUCAAAAUUGUAACUGGAGUGGGCAACUCUAAUUUAAGAUGCAAACUGGGUCAAGUGGUGUGUGCCCCAUCUUAGGUCUCAUCUGCAUCCCAUAAAAUGUUAAUCAGGCCAAGUUUUAACAGGGAGAAAACAUACCUGGGAAUUUUUUAUAGACCUCUCUACCAACUAAUUCCGUUAGCAGGGGUCCACAAAAUUCUGCAUAUAUGAAUUUGGUUGAUGUAAAUGCAAAAUUUACCUGUGCUAGGUUGGCAAUUAAGAUAUGUUGCACCAUUAGAAACAAUACACUUUACUGAUGCUUCUCGUUCUCCAUGAGCUAGGAGCAUUAGUUUACUCAUAAGGCUUAAGACAAAAUAGCUGGUGUGUUGAACUUCUUUCAAAUACUAUUGUAUGCAGUGUACAGCAUAAUUUCAAUAUACAAAGCUGCAGCUACCUAAUGGUUCUCAUGCCAUUUGUGUCAAAAGUUAUAAAUUAAACAGCCAAUGGUGAAUUUUUUUUUUACUUAUUGUCACAACCUUCUUUAUAUCAAAACUUCUGCAGCUAACAAGCUAGUUAUAAUAGUAAAAGUGUUGCACAUUUGUUUUGCAAGUUCAUAAUGUUUAUAGAUCGGAAUAAAAACCUUUGAAUAACCUAAAGCAGACAUAUACACCUAUACGUUGCCACAUUCAUAUUUUUUAAUCUAUUAUUUAAAGUUUCACAACUUGACAUUUAGUGAAAAAUUAAAUUCACUGAUUUAAAAACCAGCUUGAACUUUGCAUUCGAAGAUCAAUGUAAUGAACAAUAUUCAACAAAAUAAAUUUAAGUAGUGCACGGUUUACAUCUUAAGUAGAAAGUCACUUGACCUUUUAAGACUGAUAUUAUAAUUCCUUCUCCAGAUCAAAUUACAUAUACAUCUAACUAGAAUUAAAAAUAUGUAAAUAUUUAAAUAUUGGAAAAUCCAUUCCCUUGUAUACAGUUAAAAUUAGUUGGGAAAACAUAGAAUAAUAGUGUUUCAGUGUAAACGAGAGAAAGGAGCUAUGUCUUGUUUAUAGUGCCUUUUUUGGAGGUGUUGGGUGUGGGAGUGUAGUGUUCCCUGUUAUGAAUAAAAUCUUGAAUGCAAGCUAUCUUGUAAUAUGUAUCUAUUUCGUAACGACAGUUUGCAGUUGAAGCUGUGCAUCAACCGAAGCAGUAUUAUUUCUUGACGUUCAGGUAAUGUUUAUAUUCUAAAAAAACAAAUUAAAGUUCAGAAUAAUAAAGGAUUCAUAGAGAUCACAGAUUUAUAUUGUAUGCUUCCCCAGUGGAAUUUUUGUUAACAUACAUUAUUUCAAGCUAUUUACCAGUUAUCAGUUAUCAAAAGUAUCUAAACUGUAUUGAAGGAUGAUUUAAACAUUUUUUUCAGAUGCAGUGUAGGAAUCUUUGUUCAACCAAUUAUUUGAUAAUGGAUAUUUUUAAUGUAGGUCCCAAUCAUUUAAUUAGUAAACUACUUUAUUUUCUGUUUGGUUUAAAUCAACACAAGACAGUCAUUCUUCAUCAUUUCUUCUAAUAUCGUGCAUAACACAAAAUAAAAAUCAAAACACAAAAUUUAGUUUUUUUUGCUGUUGCUUUAGCCGAUCAAUGUUUUUUUGGAAUGUAACUGAGUCCUGCAGUUUAGUAUUGGUUUGUGUGCAGUUAGUUAACAUGAACCAUUGCAGCAGCAAUAUUCUUGUUCUGAUGUUAUGCAGGGAUGUUUCUCUAUAGAACGUGAAAUUGCGUACAAACAUGUGUAGCUAGGAGAAGCUAUAUCUGGAAAAUUGGUAAUUAGAGGUAAAAUUAUAUUUUUUGCAUUUACAAUGUUGAUGCAACUGGAGAAUGCAGGUUCUCCAUCAUCUUCGACGUAGCUAGUUAUUGCUAAAAAGAUAUUUAAUAUCAAAAGAUGAAUCCAGUCUGGAUCUCUGCAGUCUCCAUAUGCUAAAGUUGCUUCAGCACCUCACUGCAUAGCAAACUAACCAGGCAUUUGUUUCUUUAUUCCACCUCUUCUCUUCCAUGGGCAGCUCAAACCAAUUGUAGAAUCCUAGCUGAGUUCUGCCAUCUGAGGACUGAUCAGUGUUGAAACUAAAGAGCCUUUAUGAGCCGUAUGGCAGAUACACAUUUUGUCAUGCUUAGAGAACCAAGCCAUUGGACAUCCUAAAAUGGUUCCAUCUCUUGAAAAUAAAGUAUCCAAUAGUAGUUAAAUUGUAAAUGCACACAAUUUGUUUCUUGUAUUAGAAUAUUUGGAUAGAAACUUACACAAAAUGCAAGGAUUCUUUCUAAAAACAUGGAAGGUCUAAAUGAUUUUGUAGUCACGCGUGUAUUUGUUUUCACUCUUUGGUCAUUCAAAUGUUACUCAAGAUUGUUUGGAGUUCUGUUUAUCAGGCUUAGCUAGGAAUAAACCACACUGGCUAAUGUAUGAUCAUUUGCAUUCUCAGGGUUUCUUUGUCUGGAAGAUAUUUACCACAGGAAUAUCCACAAAUAGUGACAGUUUAAAGGUAGUUAGGGAUGUGCAAAACAUGCUGGUCUUGACAACAGUGUCAAAAUCCAUAAUGAGCAAAGAAAAAAGAUGAGCUUCAACACAGUUCUUGUGUCAAAUGGCUUACAAAAUAUUCCAAUAUUGCCUUAUUACAUGAAAUGAUUGAUAGAAGUUAGAAUGUGUAGGUAGCCAUGACAAUGUCUGUUUUCCAACCAGCCUCUUCAUCCAUAACUUCCCAAAUGAGAUUUGCUGAAUUGUGGUAAGUUGCACUGAGAAAAGGCUAGACAAUUGGGGUUGUUGUUGAACAUAGGAGUCUUCUAUUUCAUAAUAUUUUACAAGCUCAAUUAUACUAUUGGCAAUACAAAGGCAAUUACCCACACAAUUGAAAACAUAUUUAUUGCAGCUACCGACACUACAGUUUUAAUAAAAUUAAUGUUGUUUGAAUCCUUGUAUUGCAUUGAUUUCA